AUUGUCAAAAGUUUCUUUAAAGUUCUUAAAUUAGUUACAGAAGCUUUUUAAAAAAAAUGUCUCUAAGCUUUGCUUUCAAGUGGAUUAUAUCUACAACAUUAUUUGGAUAUGUCCUAUCACAGAGUUUCGAUACAUCGUUUAUACAAAAAUGUAGCCGGAAGGAUCCACAAUUAAAUACGUGCUUAAAAAAUUCCUUUAAUGGACUCAAACCGUACUUGAUUUCUGGAAUUCCUGAAAUUGGUCUUCCACCAAUGGAACCAUUAAAAAUUGAUUUACUUGGACUUGAAAACAAUGCAGGAAAUAUUCGCAUUAAGGGACUUUUUACAAAUGUUGUCAACACAGGUGCAUCAAAUUUCACUGUUAAGGAAGUUCGUAGUGAUUUCAACAAAUUCAGAUUAGACUUGGGAAUUUUUAUACCAAUAAUUAAAUCCAGAGGACGAUAUGAAGUGAAUGGACAAGUUUUGUUGCUUCCCAUACUGUCAAAUGGGGAAUUUAUUGCCGAAUUUACUGACGUCAAUGCAAUCGCAAAGAUUUAUGGAAAACAAGUUAUUAGAAACAAUGAAGCUUUUAUGAGCAUCGAGAAGAUAGUCGUUGAUUUUGUGAUGAAAAGUGCAAGAUUUAAAGUGAAAGAUCAAGGACAUCAACAAUUAAAUGAAGUCAUUAACCAAUUCUUGAAUCAAAAUGCUCACGAAUUAGUUCAAGAGAUGAGACAACCAGCUUCUCAAAGUUUAGGGAAAGUUUUCAAGAAAUUUUUGGAUAUUGUUUUCUCAAGUGUGCCCCUCAACGUUUGGCUUACGGAAUAAUGUACACAUCACUUAUUUAUUUACUCAUUAAUGAAACUUAAAAAUACUCUUAAAGCGAUUCUUUAACAAUCUCAAAGUAAAUUAAUGAAAACAUUUCGAUUGACUUUCUCUAAACUUUAUAUUUUGUGAUUUAAUUUUUUUUAUAAAUUUUACAUUUGAGCAAAGCAUGAUGAUAUCAACUAUUUGUUUUUCGUCAAGCUUUACAUCCAAAUUGUUUUUUUUUUUGGUUCAUCAAAUUUGUAAAAGUUCUAAAAUAAUGCAAUUGUCUUAAAAACAUUUUGAGCAUCAUUGAACUUACUUAAAUCUUUCAACAAAAUUCUUCAAAAGCUUAGUUUAAGUUUAGCUUUAAUUAUCAUUCAUAAGAAAAACUGUAAUUCAAAAUUAGUAGUGUUUCAAUGAUUAAAAUUGAUCAUAAUCUUUAAAGCAUUAAAAUCAGUAUCUCUAUUUAACUCUGUUGUGAUGAAUCUACAAAAAAAUAAACUUUUAAAAUAUAAGAAAAAUCUAAAGCAAACUCCUCAGUUAUGGACAUUCAU